UGACAUAUUGUGGCAAAGCAAAAGUUGAUUCAAAGGGUAUAAUGGUCAGUUUUUCAGAAUGGGUCCAAAUGAGACAAGUACGUGGCAUCCAGUCAACAUAUAUUAUAUACAUAUACACAUACACUCAUUGUACACAUUACACCAAACCACCAUAGUUUUCUUCUCAUACUGUUUAAACUCUUUCUUUCAUCAACCCAGCUUUUAUUUUUGCUGCCUCUCUCUCUCUAGACCCAUCUCUUUCUAUUAAUUAUCUCUCAACAAAAUUUUCUCUACAUGUACCCAUUCAAGACCUCUAUGUGCUUUUUAAAUUCAAAUCUCUACCAAUCAUCAAACCCACCUCACAAAGACCAUAAUAAACCUUAAUCAAUAAAUAAAGGAAGAACAUUUUCUUUUCUUGUAUACUAGUCAGCAUUUGAAUGCCCUUCUGCAACUUCCAAAAGGGGCACCACACACACCAUAGACAAAAAGUGAAAAAGAAAGAAAAAUAAAUGUUAUGAAUUCUUUUUCUUCCUAUUUUCUUUCUUUCUCCAUUUUCUUGAUCACUAGUCGUCCUAGUUUUCUGCUGUUCUGUCUCAAUAGACCUUCUCACCCAAAAAGAAAAAAAAGAAAAGAAAAAAAUCAAAACUUUUAAUUUCUCAAUUGGUAAUGGGCACCCAGACAAUAAUGUGGUGUGGUGGCUUCUUCUUUGUGGUUUCUUUUAAGUCUUUGGUCAAUGAUCAGAUCCGAUGAAGGAGAUUACUGACUUUGUCGAUCCCAGGAUCAUGUUCAAGCAUCAAUCCCUUUUGCAGGAUUAUCACGAGUUGAGAAAGGAAACAGAGUAUAAGAUGAGGAAACUGGAGAUGAUGAAGCAAAAACGAUCGGCCCUUGAUGCACAAGUUAGGUUCUUGAGACGCAGAUACAAACACUUGAAGCAAGACCAAACUCUUGAAACAUCUCCCAACAUGCUGAGGUUGUCCGAAUCUGGAGGAGAUGUGAAGGUAACAACAAGUGGCAAAAGAAAGAAGCACUCUGGUCCAUGUUUUGAUUUGAAGCGCAAGGAUACAGUUUGCAAUGACAGUGCAAGGAGCAGAGGAAACGAGGUUUUAACUCCACUUCCUGAUCUUAACGACAACACUCUGGUGGUCAGCAGCAAAGUCUCAGGCUUUGACCUAAACCUGGUCUCGAGAGAAGAAGAAGAGGAGCCGGAAGGGAAUGGUGAAGCGACAAAGAAGGCAAUGAUUGGUAAUGGAAUCGAUUGCGAGUUGAAGUUACCUAUUUGCAGAGACGUGGAGAAAGAGAUUAGUAGAGCAGUGAAGAGGAAGGUGUCAUGGCAAGAUCCAGUGGCUCUAAGGGUUUGAGAUUUUUCAAGUAUAUGAAGUAGGAUUGAGAUUUUAUGAUUUAGCCCAAUAUUGACAUUAUGCUUUAUAUAUGUAUACAAGUAUAGAUGAUUAGUUAUCAAGUCAUAACUAUUCACAUGUUCCAACUCUUGUCUUAGUGACAAUCAGAACUGGUGACAAUUGGUGAUUACAUAAUCUCGUGUGUUGUGUUGUAUGUUCUGUCUUUACUCAUUCUCUUCAUAACUUCA